CGCCGAAGCGGUGAAUAAAGUAGAAACCGAGAAAGCUCGGAAAAGGGCGAAACGAUGCUUAGGGCUACGGGAAAGAGGUUGCUAGGGUUAGGGUUAGGGUUUCCGCAGCGGGCCUCGCCUGCUGGCGGCGCCGCCGCCGCUGUGGGCGGAGCUCCGGCGGCGAUCCGGGGAUACCAUGAGAGAGUGGUGGACCACUACAACAACCCUAGGAACGUGGGGUCCUUCGACAAGGACGACCCCGCGGUGGGGACGGGGUUGGUGGGGGCUCCUGCGUGCGGCGACGUGAUGAAGCUCCAAAUCAAGGUCGACGAGGAGUCGGGUAAGAUCGUCGACGCGUGCUUCAAGACCUUCGGAUGCGGCUCCGCGAUCGCCUCCUCCUCUGUUGCUACUGAAUGGGUGAAAGGAAAACAAAUGGAGGAAGUAGUGUCCAUAAAAAACACAGAAAUUGCAAAACACCUCUCACUUCCGCCAGUGAAGCUCCACUGCAGCAUGCUUGCUGAAGAUGCAAUCAAGGCUGCUGUAAAGGACUAUGAAGCUAAGAAGGGUUGGACGUCUCAAAAGAGUGACAAUGCCGAAGCAGCUGGGGUAGCCAAUGCUUGAAUUCUGCAAUCUCUUGCUGUCCAAGGAUGUGACUGAUAGCUGCCGGUCUCGUGGGAUGCGCACAUUUUCUUUCAUUAUCAAGUACGUGAGUCGAUACAGAGUGCUUUAUAGCUGGUUUAAGGUGUGGUGUGGGAUGUUUAGUUGUAUAUCCUAAUGCACGAAUAAUGAGGAUCACACUUCUUUCGAGUGGUGAUUUAGACUUCCGCUGACCCUCUCAGCACGAGAAAUCAUAUUUGGUGCAUGUAAAUAAAAAAGAUGAGUCUUAAUGUGCAUAACUAUGGCGCUGUUAUAGUUUUGUU